AUGAAUAAUAAGAAUAAGUUUAGGCUGAAGUCUGGGAACGCUGUGCAUGCUGACUCCUACUGGGAAAGCAAUGGCCCAGAAGUUGAAAAUGUGGAUACUCUGAAUGAUCUACUAACCUGUCCUUUUUCCCCUUGGGGACUAGAUGACAGCUUCAGUCCUGAUGCUCCAUAUCUGAAGCAGCUGGCAAUUAAAGAUCCCACAAUCAUAUCUGAGAAACUCAUCUAUUCGUCCUUUAAAUCUCUCCGGCUUGUGAACAAACAUGUGAGAGAAGUGGAUGAACAUUUGUUGAGAUUCCAUAAACUAGAAGAGCUUGUGCUAAGUGUAAACAAGAUAAGGAAUGUGACUUCAUGUAACCUUCCUCAAACCCUGAAGGUGCUUGAACUCUGUUCAAAUGAGAUAUCCAGCUUAAAGGAUCUAUGUAUAAACAAAUCCCUGAAGUUGCAACAUUUGGGUCUGGCCUAUAACAGAAUCCAGUGUUCUGCUGAGAGUACAUACCUGACUGGGGACUUUUGGCCAAACUUGGUUUCCCUUGACCUGAGUUUCAAUGAUUUAACUGACCUCUUUGACCUGGUUCCCAGACUGUCCACCUUACCACAGCUCCGGAUUCUUUUGCUGCAGGGUAAUCCUCUGACUCUUGUCCCUGCAUACCGAGGUUAUGUUAUCGACAGCCUCCCAACCCUGAGUGUUUUGGAUGACAUUCCCAUAUUACCAGAUGAAAAGCAUCAAUUCACUGGCUUUAGUAACAAGCACAAAUUGCCGGAGAAGAAAGCACAGCUGACUGUGAAGAUUGAGAAUCUACAAGGAAUCCCAAAGCCCUUAGAACAAAAUCCAGCAGAAUAUCCAGUUAUUACAUAUAGUUAUUUUGUUACCUAUGAAUUCAUAGAGGAUGGGAGAAAUGGUGAACUCGAAGACAACCAGGCAACUCUUUCCAAGCAGCUUCAUCUGACACAUAGGGAUGGGAGCCAAGAAAUGGAGGCAGCAAGCUCUGUGUGUAAACAACUCCCUAUUGACCGAUCCCAUACUGGUCACAAUGGGUACUACGAAACUGUUAAAAAAACAUGGCUUGAACUUACUGAUUAUCAGUAUAUUAAGAGACACUCUGCAAGAGAUUUGCUGGCACUGAAGUACUUUCUUCUAUCUGGCAUGAAAGUUACAGUAACAGAAGAAAAGAUUUUGCAUUGGGCUCAAGAUCCUGCCCAAAAUGUUGUUCCAAAGCCUGACAAGAAAGGAGGUGGCAAAGAGAAAGACAAGGGCAGAAGCAGUUCCAAGUAUCCUUUUAAAAAGCCAUUAUCUGAUGAGGUUGAAUUAGGGAACGAUAUAAAUGAGCUUCAACAAUGGAUGUCUAACAUCCCCAAAUGUCAGCUUAUGAGGAUACGUAAAAACUGCUCAGAUCUUGGUAAAUGGAAAGAGCAAUCACAGAUUUUAAAAGAGAGGUUUAUGGAAAGGGGAUAUGAGGAGAACACCAUAGACAAAACGAUAAAGGAGGUGGAAGCCAUAAAGAGGGAAUCACUACACAAAUAUAAGGAGAAAAAAUGUGAUGAAAACACAACUAUAGAAGACCCUUUCAUCACUGAAUACAGAUACAGAAUACACAAUAUAACUGUGGCAGAAGACUGGAUAAUACAUGAACACUUGACUGUUAACAGAUAUGUUGCAGGGAAAAAGGAAAAUGUCGAUGAGCUUCGACCUGAUCCACCUAUUGAGAGGACUCUUGGAUCUGUCACCAUAUCGCUAGAGAGUCUUGUUUCAGGGGAGACGCAUUUUACCACAGUGUGCAAUUUUGGGGUUCUAUGCACAGAUACCGAUAAACAGGAGGCAAUGUGUGAGAAGGAGACAAAGAAAAACAAGGAGAAGAAACUGAAAAGUGGAAGAGAAACGGAAGAUGCUUGUAAAACUCCAAGGUCUGCUUCAGAAAAGGGAAAAUCUAAAAAUAUUGCUGAAGCUAAUGAAAGUUUAGACCAACCAUCAACUCCACCGAUCCCUCUGACAGCAGACAUACAAAUCCAGAUCACUCGCUGGAAGUCCAUAGAGGAAGCAGAAAGAAAAAGGAAAAUCUAAAAAUAUUGCUGAAGCUAAUGAAAGUUUAGACCAACCAUCAACUCCACCGAUCCCUCUGACAGCAGACAUACAAAUCCAGAUCACUCGCUGGAAGUCCAUAGAGGAAGCAGAAAGGUAGCUGGAAAUGAUCUCUGCAUCAGACUGAAUGUUAUCAAAACCUAUACUUUGCAUAACAUUUGCUGAAACAAUAAAAUAAGACCAUCAGUAUAGAAUUUAACUGGGUGCAGUGUCUUGUUUCCACCAGAACGUUCUCUUCAUCACACUGCUGUUUACCCAGCAGGAAUGGCUCCUGGGCGCA